UUUCAAUCCUAAUUUGCUAAUUUAGGGUACGAUUCGAGUUGGGUUAGGUGCCACCCCUAAUUGAGAGAGAAGAAGAGUAAAGUCUAGGGCUUCGAUGUUCGAACUCUAGGGUUUGUUUCCAGCCAAAGGCCUCUCUGAUUCUAUUCCAAAUUCUUCCCCAAAUCGGCGGUCGCUGGUCGAUCUUUGUCGUGUACACCUCGUUCGAUCAAUUCAUUUCCGGCGAAGUAUGGUAGCAAUUCACAAUCCCUUCAUUUUCCGAUUCGAUUGUUUUCUGAUAGUCCGAAAUUUGGUUUGUUGUUGAAAUCUAGGGCUUUCCACUCGGUCGUGUAACUGAGGGAUGUGAAAAAAGGUAUUUGUUCAUAUAUUAUUGUGUAUAUACAUAUAGGUUGUGUUUCUUGUGAAUAUUGAAAGAGGCGAUUUUGGGGUUUUUUCUGGCUGUGAAUUUGUGAUUAUUUGGAUUGAAAUUUGAGGCUAUUAUGUAUAUAGAGGAAUUGAAGGGAGGAGAAAAGUUGGGAAGUAGGGAAGAGGAGAAACUAUAUGAUGCUGAGGUGGUGGGCGGCAGCAUUGUGGUGGCAGACGUGAAACGGGUUUUGGUCGGAGCUGGAGCUCGCGCGCUGUUUUACCUGACGCUUCUGUACAAUGUUGUGAGGAAUAAGAUUCAGGCGGAGUUUCGGUGGUGGGAUUGGGUUGAUGAGUGUGUACUAUUAGGUGCUAUCCCAUUCCCUGCCGAUGUUGAACGGCUGAAAGAUCUUGGUGUUUGUGGAGUGAUCACCUUAAUUGAGCCAUAUGAGACUUUGGUUUCAACAUCUCUAUAUCAAGCUCAUGGUAUUAAUCAUUUGGUGCUUCCAACAAGAGACUACCUCUUUGCUUCGUCACUGAGUGAUAUAUGCCAAGCUGUGGACUUCAUUCAUGCUAUUUCCAACAAAGCUCUGAAUCUUCCUGGAGGCAUGCGUUAUAUUCAUUUUCAAAUAGCAACUUCGUUACAACACAAGCAGAUGAUGCCUGAUGCUGCAUACAGUUAUGUGAAAUCAAUUCGGCCAAGGGUGCUUUUAGCCUCUUCCCAGUGGCAGGCUGUACAGGAAUUCUACCAUCACAAGGUGAAGAUGGCCUAUUAUCCAAGCGACAUGGCCAAUCUAAUAUUGACAACUCCAAAGUUUUUAGCUGAAAGAGAUCUCAAGGCUUUUGAUGACAGCUCUGUGGUUUUGAUAACCGAAGCGGAUCUAGAUGGAUAUGAUCCAAGCCACGAGUUUAGUGCUGUGGGAAGCAAGAUAUGGACAGAUUUGAGUUUGGUCUGCAGGAUUCAAGUCACUGGUCAUGCGGCUUUGGCAAAGCUCUCUUGCUUCUGGCUUCGCUGCCACACCCAGCAGAAGGUUUCAAGUGAGAGUAGCUGUAGAAUUACAGCAGAUCAACUGCGAGUUCUUAGCGUAGACAUCCAUGUCUUUUGAACUACUUAUGAUUUGCAUAUGAGAUAUUUCACCAAAAAUGAUGGCAAAUGCCUUCAAAAGUAGCAUUUGAAACCCUUUCCUUUUUCGGUGUUAUGUUUACUUUGUAUAUAGAGAAAUUGCUGACAGUGUACAUAAAUCAAUGCUUUUACAUAAAAUGACGACAAAUGAUCCUUCAAUAGCAUCA